UUCAGUGACGGCAGAAUGGGUGGGAACCUGCUUGUGAACUCCACAUGGGCGUUCAAUCGAGAUGCAGCGGAACCCAUUUUUCUAUUCUAUAUUGAAAGCUUGCGGAAAGAACGCCCCACGAAAGUGAAUAGGGAGGGGGCAGUAUUUCCCCACUUUCGUGGCUAAUGACUAUCCAAUCCGGUUGAUAGUGUUGGUUUUUAGAACCAGUUAUGUGCGCGCUAUAGGGUAGGGGAAUCUCCGUGAAAGUCCGCGAGCUUGUCACGCUCUCACAUUUUGACACACGCACACUGUGACAAGGAGCAGCACGAGAGCGAGCAGCCGCCGCGUAUAAUGGCUGCCACGGAAUGUGACAAAAGGCGGCAAAUAAAACGGUGAAACGGAAGAAAAUAUCACGGAAGCGAGGCAGAGGAUGGUGAGCAGCCAGCCCAAGUACGAGCUGAUCCAGGAGGUGGGGCGGGGCACGUACGGCGUGGUGUACGAGGCGGCGGUGCGGCGAACGGGCGCCCGCGUGGCCGUCAAGAAGAUCCGCUGCCACUCACCGGAGAACGUGGAGCUGGCGCUGCGCGAGUUCUGGGCCCUCAGCAGCAUCCAGAGCCAGCACCCCAACGUCAUCCACCUGGAGGAGUGCGUCCUGCAGCGGGACACCCUGGCCCAGAGCAUGAGCCACGGCUCCACCUCCUCGCUCUACCGGGAGCUGGUGGAGACGUCGCUGAAGGGCGAGAUCGCCUUCAACCCGCGCCUGGCCUACUACCUGUGGUUCGUGAUGGACUUCUGCGACGGCGGCGACAUGAACGCCUACCUGCUCUCGCGCAAGCCCAGCCGCCGCACCAACACCAGCUUCAUGCUGCAGCUGAGCAGCGCGCUGGCCUUCCUGCACCGCAACCAGAUCAUCCACCGCGACCUCAAGCCCGACAACAUCCUGAUCUCGCAGGGCCCGGCGGCGGCGGCGGCGGCCGGCCGCGGGCCCGAGCCCACGCUCAAGGUGGCCGACUUCGGGCUCAGCCGCGUCUGCUCGGCCUCGGGGCUCAGCCCCGAGGACCCGGCCAGCGUCAACAAGUGCUUCCUGUCCACGGCGUGCGGCACCGACUUCUACAUGGCGCCCGAGGUGUGGGAGGGCCACUACACGGCCAAGGCGGACAUCUUCGCGCUGGGCGUGAUCAUCUGGGCCAUGGUGGAGCGCAUCACCUUCGUGGACGCGGAGACGCAGAAGGAGCUGCUGGGGAGCUACGUGCUGCAGGGCUCGGAGAUGGUGCCCCUGGGCGAGGCGCUGCUGGAGAACCCGCGCCUGGAGCUGCUCAUCCCCGCCCGCAGGAAGAAGAGCAUGAGCGCCGCCAUGCGGCAGCUGAUCCGCGACGCGCUCUCGGCCAAUCCGCAGGAGCGGCCCGACGCCGUGGAGCUGGAGCUCCGCCUGGUCAGGAUCGCCUGCAGGGAGCUGGACUGGGACACAUGACAGGGAGGAGGGGACUGUGUACGCAAAUACACACGCACAACACACACACGCACAUAACAUACGCACACGCAUAACACUCUCAUAUAUAUAACGCUCUC